AUGUUAUGUGGAAAAUCGAGGAUCGGUCUUGCGUGCAGCAAAAAAUAUUCACGAAAUUGUGUAUCAUCUUGUGGCUAUUCAAGCUCAAAUGACCAAAAGAUGGGUUAUCCAGACAAUCAUCCCGGUGAAUGUGACGAGUCGAAACCGACACAUAUUAUUGUAGGAGCGGGAACGGCCGGAUGUGUUGUUGCGAAUCGUUUGAGUGAAAAUCCAACCAAUCGUGUUCUUCUGCUUGAAGCAGGUCAUUCGGAUGUUUAUCACUUCAACUGGAAACUGCGUAUGCCUCGAGCUUAUGUUUGUAAUUUGAGUAGUCAAAAACAUAAUUGGAUGUAUCACAGUACGGCGCAAAAGAAUUUGAAUGAUCGUGCCAUAUAUUUGGCAAAAGGUCGUGUAUGGGGUGGCACUUCAACAAUCAAUUCGAUGGUAUAUGAAUUUGGAAAUGCUGAGAAUUUUAAUGAGUGGGAGAAUCAAGGUGCUUCGAAAUGGUCGUAUAAAUUCAUUGAAAAUUAUAUCAAAAGAUCUGAAGAUGAUUCGUUCACAUGUUCAUCAUUCACACACUUAGACACGAUUCAAGCACCUUGUGAGCAUCCUCUACAUAAAGCUUUCAUUGGAGCCGCUCAUUCAGUAGGAAUCGCAGAAGUGGUGACAGAUUGUAUCGUCAAACAAGACGGAGUAUACCCCGCAAACUUAACAAUAUCAAACGGUGAACGUCUGAACACAUCACGAGCUUAUUUAUGGUCGGCUUUGAAGCGGCCGAAUUUGAGCAUCAAAUCUGGCGUAAUUUGUACACGAAUAUUGUUCGAUCGUAGCAAAGCGAUUGGUGUGGAAUUUGUUGAAGAGGAAAAUUCAAUAACGAAACAGCCGCUUGACUUGUUCAAUCGUGAAAAAAUUUACUGUGAGAAUUCAGUUGUACUAACGGCUGGAGCGGUUGGUACACCACAUAUACUCAUGAAUAGUGGAAUCGGGAAUGGUGAUCAUCUAAAAGCUCAUUCCAUUCCAAUUGUACAACAUUUACCAGGUGUGGGGCGUAAUCUUCAAGAUCAUUUGGAAGUGAGUAUCAGACAGUUAUGUUCAAAGCCGAUAGCACGAAAUAAUUCUCUAUCAUCAUUCAGUUAUGCGGGCAUAGCUUUGAGCGAUGCUUUGGAAUGGUUUAGAAAGCGGAACGGUAUUGCAGCAUUAGGUUUCUAUGAACUAAAUCGUCCUGAUUUGAGGUUUCGUUUUUUACCAGAAACACUGUAUAACAGCGAUCGAAAGGUUGGCGCCGAGCAUGCCUAUCAAAUGAACGUCACACUCGUACAACCAAAGUCACGUGGCUAUAUAAUUUUGGCGGAUCGCGAUGCUAGGCGGCCACCUCUUAUUAAUACCAAUUAUUUGAGUGAUCCUGACGAUUUGCCUCGACUUCGCUUAGCGAUUCGCCGAGCCAGGGAUAUUUUGGCAGAUGAAAGCUUUGACGAAUUUCGCGGCAGCGAAAUAACACCCGGUUCAUUGUGCGUAAACAAUGAUCAGUUGGAUGAAUUUAUACGCGCAACCGCUGUGUCAGCGCAUCAGCUGUCGAGCACGUGUAAAAUGGGUUGUGCCACAGAUAUUGAAGCUGUUGUAAAUCCUGAAACGAUGCAGGUUUACGGCGUAGACAAUUUACAUGUAGCGGACGCAUCGGUAAUGCCAUCGGUGGUGAAUGUUGAUGUGACAGCCACAACAAUUAUGUUGGCGCAUAGAGGUGCGACUUUAAUCGAAGCCAGUGAAUCGAAGCAAUAA